UGGGACUGACGGGGUGGAUGGGAUGGAUAGGAUGGAUGGGGCAGGUGAGCAGAGCUCUGCGUGCAGUUUUGAUCCCCUUUUGUCCCAGCGCAGAUGCAUGAUCAUGCUUUGCAGGACCAUGUGUCCUGAGCCCACAUCAUGGCAAGACUUAGGUUUACAGGGAUGGGAUCCAGCCCCAGGUUGGGUUGCAGCCAAAAGAAACUGCAUGGGGGAAAAUCUCACGUUUUGGGGCUGCACGUAGCCCUGAAGGAACCACGCUGUUAACUCCAUCCCUUGCUACAAACCCCUCCUCCCACCCCCCUUUCCUCACUUGCAUCCCAAAAAGGAGUGUGGGGAAGGUGACCCCCUUCAUUGAGCAGCCCCCAGCCCAGGGCCGCCCCACUGGGAGGGAGCCAUAGUGGGUUGGGGGCCGCCUGCCCCUCUCCAACCUCCCCCUGCUCCCUCCCCAACACGGCCCUAAUGAGAACAAGCUGGUCUGCUGCGCACACAGCCAGUGAGCUCAGGGCUACGGCGGGUGAAGGAGGAGGAGAGGAAGAAAAGGAGGAGGAGGGAACGGGACCAGGGCUCAGUGCAGACAGGCAGAGGAGCACGGGACAGACACGCAGUGCCGGUGAGGGCGAUGGCGGCGCAGCUGCCCGCGUGCCUUCUGUUGGUGUUUCUGGUGGCCCUGGUGCACUCGGCAGCCCCACGGCACGUGGCUGCGUUCCACGAGCCCAGUGUUGGCAGCGGGGAUGGAGAGGAGGCCUCUGCUGUGCCCCCCGCCCAACCCGUGACGCCGGGAAGCGGCCCCACAGUGGGGGACGCGGUGGGGACAGCCAUCACCAACAGCUCGGCACCAGGCAACGUCUUGGAUGGGUUGGUGGAUUUCUUCAAGGAGUACAUGCUGCUGGUGGUGGUGGUGGGAUCGUUGGCCUUCGUCUUGCUCUUCAUCAUCUGCGCCGCCGUCAUUGUGCGGCAGAAGCACAAGGCGUCAGCCUACUACCCAUCUUCCUUCCCCAAAAAGAAGUACGUGGACCAACGGGAUAAGACCGGAGGGCCUCGGGACUUCAACGAGGUGCCUGAGAAGGCUCCAGACCCCGACGCUGAGGAGCCCCUGGACUGUGGACGACAGCUGCAGGCUGACAUCUUGGCUGCAGCCCAGAACCUCAAAUCUCCCAAUAAAGCGCCGUUGACCAAUGGGGCCGGUGCCCAGGGAGAGCACGAGGGCGGGGAGGAAGAAGGCAGCGAGCAUCCCAUUGAGCCCCAUCCCCUGAAUCAAGAUGCUGAAGGAGUGGGGUCAGAGGCAACAAACGCAGAGGGCAAGGAGGUCCAAGAUGGCUCUCCCAGCACCUAGUGCCAACCAUGGACUAGGAGCCGGUCUCCUGGCGGCCCUGCUCAUCGCCCACCCGAACGUGGAGGCUCGAAGAAGCCCCGAUGAAGCCCCACAACCCCCUCCUUUACCUCCCCCUGACCCCAUACAGCCAUGGGAGGCCAUUUUUGAGCUGCGCUUCGGGCCGUUGAGGAGCUCAGUGCAGCUAAACCCAUCGCUUGUGCUCUUCUCCGUGGGUGCUUUCCUUGGAUCCCCCCCAAAAAUAAAGAGAAAAACCCAGGCUGGGUCUCCCCACCCUCCUCGCACAGCUUUUUUGCAGAUGUUAUUUUUGCUCAUUAUCGCAUCCUGGCCCCCACCCAGGUAACAGGGCAUGGAGGUGCCAUGACCCAUGACUUCAUGACCUUCUAUGGUGGCCUAGAGACAUUGCAGACCCCUCGGAUCAGCUGCUCCCAUCCCAUUCUUCCAACGCCCCUCCCUCGCCCCACCCUCCCCCAGUGCUUUGUGGAGAUUGGAGGCAUUUUGGACUUGUUUUGGUGAGAAAAAGAAGGGAAAACCUUAGCCAACCUUAGCAGGAUGCAGUGACGAUGCCCCCGUCCUUUUGUUUGCAUGUCCUGAGUGUCACAGACCCGUCGGAAAGCACAGUGAACAGAGCUCAGAGAGGAGCUGGAGUUUUGCCUUAUUUUCUUAACCCCCUUUGCUAUGAAUAAAGACAUCUAUUAUGCACA